CCGCGUCGCUUGUUCUCUUCUCACUCUCACAAAACCAUGCUCUCCGCCCCUCAGCAACGGCGGCCCCUCAGCGGGCCCAGCGGGGUGCCUCCCAGCGCCAGCGUGAGCGCGGGCGCCGGCGCCCACGCGCCGCACCACGCACACGGCGCCGACUACAAGCCGAAAGAGUCAGAUGCCGACGCCAAGCUCCGCCUACGCGACCAGCCAGCCGAGGCGUUUGGCGGGCGUCGCGGCGCGCGCGCCGGCGCCAUGCUCGGCCUGCGGCGCCGCGAAUGGAUCAUCCUCGGCGCCGUGUGUGUUGUCGCGAGCUUUGUGCGGCUGUGGAACCUCGCGCACCCCAGCUCCGUAGUCUUCGACGAGGUGCACUUUGGCGGCUUCGCCGCAAAGUACAUACGCCGCCGCUACUUCAUGGACGUGCACCCGCCGCUCGCAAAGCUCCUUGUCACCCUCUCCGCCUGGCUCGGCCGCUUCGACGGCCAGUUCGACUUCAAGGACAUUGGCAAGGACUACCUCGAGCCCAAGGUGCCGUACAUGAUCAUGCGCGCGUUCCCCGCCCUCUUCGGCCUCGCGCUCGUCCCACUCACGUUCCUUACUCUCAUUUCGCUCCGCCUGUCGCUCGCGACAGCGAUCCUCGGCGCAUUCCUCGUGACGUUCGAGAACGCCCUGAUCACCCAGUCCCGCCUCAUCCUCCUCGACUCGUACCUCGUCUUCUUCACCGCCCUUACCAUCUUCUUCUGGGUGCGGUUCUCCAACGACGACUCGGAGGGCCGCGCGUUUACGCGCUCGUGGUGGCGCAACCUCGCGUUCUCGGGCGCAGCCCUCGGCGCCGUCGCGAGCUGCAAGUGGGUCGGGCUGUUCACCAUCGCGACCGUGGGCCUCGGCACAAUCCGCCAGCUGUGGCUGCUUCUCGGCAACCUCAAGGUCACGCCGCGCAUGUGGGCGCGCCACUUUGCCGCGCGCACGCUCUGCCUCAUCGUCCUCCCCAUCUCCAUCUACAUGUUCACAUUCAUGAUCCACUUCUGGAUCCUCGACCAGUCGGGCGACGGCGACGGGUUUAUGUCCUCCGAGUUCCAGCACACUCUCGACGGCCACGGCAUGGACGACACCUACGCCGACGUCGGCUACGGCUCCCUCGUCACCAUCCGGCACGUCAACACCCAGGGCGGGUACCUCCACUCGCACGCACACGCCUACCCCGGCGGCUCGAAGCAGCAGCAGAUCACGCUGUACCCGCACAAGGACGAGAACAACGUCUGGCGCAUCGUCAAUGCGUCCGAGCCCGACGGGCCUGUCAGCUACCCGUGGGACGAGCUGCCGCUCGAGUACGUGCUCUCCGGCAACAAGAUCCGCCUCGAGCACGUCGAGUCCGACAAGCGCCUGCACUCGCACGAUGUGCGCCCACCCGUCUCCGAAGUCGACUUCCAGAACGAGGUGUCGGGCUACGGCUUCCCCGGCUUUGCUGGCGACGCCAACGACGACUUCAUCGUCGAGAUCGUCAAGGAGACGCGCGGCAAAGACCGCCAGGCGCGCCACCGCCUGCGCACCCUCCGCACCCACUUCCGCCUCCGCCACGCCAUGACUGGCUGCUACCUCUUCUCGCACAAGGUCAAGCUCCCCGAGUGGGGCUUUGAACAGCAGGAGGUGACGUGCAACAAGAAUCCGACGUGGGACAACUCGCUGUGGUACAUCGAGACGAACGUGCACCCGCAGCUGCCCCCCGACGCCGAGAAGGUCAACUACGUCCGGCCUGGGUUUAUCAGCAAGUUCCUCGAGCUGCAGGGCGUCAUGUGGCGCACCAACGCCGGGCUUACCGACCGCCACGCAUACGACUCGCGCCCGCAGAGCUGGCCUUGGCUUCGCCGCGGCAUCAACUUCUGGGUCAAGGACCACCGCCAGGUCUACCUCAUCGGCAACCCCGUGAUUUGGUGGAGCUCGACGGCCACCAUCGCCCUGUACCUCGCGUUCCGCGGCAUCCUCAUUCUGCGCGCCAAGCGCGGCUACCGUGACCUGCACCAGGCCAAAACCGCAUUCUACGACGAGGUGUGCAGCUUCCUCGUCAUGGGCUGGGCGCUGCACUACCUCCCCUUCUUCCUCAUGCAGCGCCAGCUCUUCCUGCACCACUACCUCCCGGCGCUGUGGUUUGCGAUUCUCAUGUUCUGCGCCGUCUUUGACUACUUCACCUCGCGGAUCCGCCCGCGCGCGCGCUUCCAGCUCGCCAUUGUCGUCAUCGUUCUCGCCCUCUGGUCGUGGCACUACUUCUCCCCGCUCACCUACGCCAAGCCGUGGACCAAGCGCAAGUGCGAGGACGCAAGAUGGCUCAAGACGUGGGACUUUAGCUGCGGCGACUUCCGCGACCAGAUGCACCAGUACUACGACGAGAGCGCGGUGCACAAGCCCGCGCACUCGGUGUACUUGGACCAGGAGAGCCACACGACUCUGGUCGAGGAGGCGCCUGAGCCGAUCAAGAACGUGUUUGACGGCGGCGACGACGCCGCGCAAGAAGAGAAGACGCAGGGCCUCGGCCCCAACAACGAGGUCAAGAUGCAGGAGAGCACAGCUGCUGCGGGCCCCGCGCCCGUGGAGGACGACGCGCCUGUGCCCGCCGACGACCGGGCGCCAGUGGGCCUCGACGCCGGCGCGCUCGAAGUAACGGGCGCGGCGCACGACGAGGGUGGCUGGCACGGCGGCGCGAACGAAGCCGCGCCAAAGGACAAGGAGGACGCCAAGGCCCCCGUCGGUGCCAAGGUCGACGUGCCGGAGAUGGAGCUCGACGCCGACGCCAAGCGCUUGGCUGACGAGGCGAUGCGGGACGCCGAGGCGUAAUGGCGUCUGGCGCGAGCCGAACACUUCAUGCGAUCCGUACCAUCCGUAGCAUCUUGUCGCGAUGUAUUCAUAGAUCGGCGGUGGGGUGGGGGCUGUCAGCCAGGACGGCGUUGGUGAGGGGAGCGCGGCGGAGGCGCAGCC